UGGAUUAUGAGAGGAGAAGAGUUUAACUCCAGAGUUAAACCAAACACUUGAAGAAACAAAUGGGAUCACUACUCAAUGAGAGCUUCAGCAUUGAGCUGCAGCAGCUUGAUGCAGCUAGUACUGAUACUGCAAGGAAGGAGAGGACUCAGUGGCUACUGACUUCUCCUAAUCCACCAAGUCUUUGGCAUGAACUCAUUAAUACAGUAAAAGAAACUGUUUUGCCCCGUGGAAAAACAACAAAACAAUCAAGAAAAGGAGCUUUUUUCUCAUUCAUGCAAGGUUUAUUUCCAAUUCUUAAAUGGGGAAGAAAUUAUAAAGCUACAAAGUUCAAGCAUGAUUUAAUGGCUGGCUUAACUCUUGCCAGUCUCUGCAUACCUCAGAGUAUUGGAUAUGCUAAUCUUGCAAAACUUGAUCCUCAAUAUGGCUUAUAUACAAGUGUUGUUCCACCAUUGAUAUAUGCUGUGAUGGGGAGUUCACGAGAAAUCGCCAUUGGCCCUGUUGCUGUUGUAUCACUACUGCUUUCUGCUACGGUUCCCAAACUUGUAGACCCUGCUGUUGAUCCUAUUGCUUAUAGGAAUCUUGUAUUCACUGCCACAUUCUUCACCGGUGCAUUUCAGGCUGUUUUUGGACUAUUCAGGUUGGGAUUUCUAGUGGAUUUUCUUUCACAUGCUGCAAUAGUUGGAUUCAUGGGAGGUGCAGCCAUAGUAAUAGGCCUCCAACAGUUAAAGGGUUUUCUAGGAAUCAACCAUUUCACAACCAAAACUGAUGUGGUGUCUGUUUUGGUAGCUGUAUUCAAAUCAUUCCAUAAUGAGCCAUGGUUUCCACUGAAUUUUAUACUUGGCUGCUCGUUCCUCGUCUUCAUCCUAAUUACCAGGUUUAUUGGAAAAAGGAACAAGAAAAUGUUUUGGCUACCAGCAAUGGCUCCUCUUGUAUCAGUUAUACUAUCUACUUUGAUAGUUUAUCUUACAAAGGCUGAUCAACAUGGAGUCAAGAUUGUAAAACACUUCAAAGGGGGUCUCCCUCCAAGUUCAGUUCAUCAAUUACAGUUCAAGGAUCCACACAUUGGAGAAGUUGCGAAAAUUGGACUAAUUUGUGCUAUCGUCGCUCUUACUGAAGCCGUUGCUGUAGGCCGAUCUUUCGCUUCAAUCAAAGGCUAUCAUCUUGAUGGAAACAAAGAAAUGACAGCCAUGGGAUGUAUGAACCUUGUGGGAUCUUUAACUUCUUGCUAUAUAGGAACAGGUUCAUUUUCAAGAACAGCAGUAAAUUUCAGUGCAGGAUGUGAAACUGUGGUGUCAAACAUAGUUAUGGCAAUCACAGUACUCAUAUCCCUGGAGUUGUUAACUAAGCUAUUGUAUUAUACUCCAUUAGCUAUACUUGCAUCAAUUAUCAUAUCAGCCCUUCCAGGAUUGAUCGACAUAAAUGAAGCAUAUCAUAUUUGGAAAGUGGACAAGACAGACUUCAUUAUAUGCAUUGCUACCUUCUUUGGAGUACUCUUUGGCUCAGUGGAAAUUGGUCUUCUAAUUGCGGUUGGCAUCUCAUUUGGUAAAAUAAUAGUUGAUACAAUUCGACCAAGUGUAGAACUACAAGGCAGACUUCCUGGAACAUACACCUUCUGUGACAUUACUCAGUUUCCUGUGGCCACUGAAGCUCCAGGAAUCUUGAUAAUUAGAGUCAACAAUGCUUCACUCUGCUUUGCAAAUGCUAAUUUCAUAAGACAGAGGAUAUUGAGGUUGGUCAAACACACCACUGAUGGGCACACCAAGAAGAAGAUUAAUGUCUUGGUGCUCGAUAUGUCCAAUGUAAUGAAUGUGGAUACAUCAGGAAUCGUGGCAUUGGAGGAGUUGUACAGAGAAUUGAUUUCCCAGGGCAUGCAAUUAGGUAUAGCUAGCCCAAGUUGGAAAGUGAUUAACAAGUUGAAAGCAGCAAAAUUUUUGGAUAAACUUGGGAAAGGAUGGAUUUUUCUCACCGUGGGUGACGCUGUAGAUGGCUGCUUAACUAGCAAAAUGGAUGUCUAAGAAAAUAGCAAUUGUUGUAAAUCUAAUGUCGUUCAUGCUUGUUGAUGUACAAAGAGGUGUGAUUGAUAUGACGGAAAACAUUUCAAGAAAAUGUCUUCCCAAAAUAAGUUUUUAUUUUUUUGUCAUGGUGGUUGAUUGGUUGAGUGAAAUAUAUUUUGGAUUUUUUCUAUUAA